UGCGGGGCAUACCGUUCGAUCAACUCCCCUGAAAAUUGCGGCGUCCUAGCUUCCUUUCGCGGAAAUGGUAUGUUAUUCACGAUGUGGAGAAAGUAGCGAAGAUCUGAGGUUCUGAUGCGAGCCGCCGUUCGUGCUCGCUUCGAGGUAUAAAGAGGUCCGCCGUGCGAAGCUCCAAGCUCGUGACUUCUCCUCUUCAUCCUUCUUCGCCCCACCUCUGUUUCCACGGGAAGGCGUCGACUGGAGUUUCACUUAUUCACGUCAGGGCGGUAGCGUACCUUGCACGACUCUACGACUUCCGUACGACCCCCAUCUAUUCCCUUGUACACUCGCUGUAAUUCGCCACCAUGUCUUACGAGAACGAGAAACGCCCCGCCAAGGAGGUUCAGGACGAUGCCUCCAAGGACUCGGCCUCCGUACGGCAUAUUGACACCGUCGGCCAAAAUCUGAACGCGAAGCUCGCCAACCCGCUCGACGGUAUCCCCCAUGACCAGCUCAUGGCCGACGCCGCCAAGUUCGCGCUCAACCACAACCUUGGCCAUUUGACCGCUGAGUUCCAGAAAGGCGCACUUGUCGCUCAGGACCCGAUGGCGUUCGAGAGCUUGCCCCAGCUCACCGAAGAGGACAAGCAGAUCUUGCGCCGCGAAAGCACGCAUCGUUGGCACCAGCCUAUGACGCUCUACUAUCUUGUUAUCCUCUGUUCGCUCGCCGCAGCUGUCCAAGGAAUGGAUGAGUCCGUGAUCAACGGCGCCAACCUCUUCUUCGCGCCCCAGUUCCACAUUGAUCCCAACGCGACGGAUGGCAACGCGAGUCGCAACCAGUGGCUCCUUGGCCUCGUCAACUCGGCGCCAUACCUCGCUUGCGGUGUCAUCUCCUGCUGGCUUACCGCUCCACUAAACAAGUGGCUCGGUCGUCGCGGCACGAUAUUCGUCACUGCCUUCCUCUCUUUCGCGGCUUGCAUCUGGCAGGGCGUCACCAACUCGUGGCAGCAUCUAUUCGUUGCCCGUUUCGUACUCGGUUUCGGUAUAGGCCCCAAGUCGACGACAGUCCCCGUCUAUGCGGCUGAGUGUUCGCCUGCGGUCAUUCGUGGCGCCCUUGUGAUGAUGUGGCAAAUGUGGACCGCCUUCGGUAUCAUGUUUGGUAACGUCAUGGACUUGGCGUUCUAUCACGUACCCGAUACUCACAACAUCAAGGGUCUCAACUGGCGUCUGAUGCUUGCGAGUGCCGGUGUUCCUGCGUUGAUUGUCAUGACCCAAGUCUUCCUGUGCCCCGAGUCGCCGCGUUGGCUGAUGUCCAAGGGCCGCUACGAUAAGGCAUACGAGUCCCUCAGCCGCCUGCGCAACACGCCGCUCCAGGCCGCGCGCGACCUGUACUACAUUCAUGUCCUGCUAGAGGCUGAGAAGGAGAUCGAGGGCGGCAAGCCGGGCUUCAUUCAGCUCUUCACCGUGCCUCGCAAUCGCCGCGCGGCGCUCGCAUCGACGAUCGUCAUGUUCAUGCAGCAGUUCUGCGGUGUGAACGUGAUCGCGUACUACUCGUCCAACAUCUUCUCCCAGUCGGGCUUCAACAACGUCCAGUCGCUGCUUGCCUCGUUCGGCUUCGGCCUCAUCAACUGGCUCUUCGCGUUCCCCGCCGUAUACACCAUCGACACGUUCGGCCGCCGCAACCUUCUGCUCACGACCUUCCCGCUCAUGGCCAUCUUCCUCCUCAUGACCGGCUUCUCGUUCUGGAUUCCCGAGGGGAAAGGGCGUCUUGCGGUCGUUGCGCUUGGCAUCUACCUCUUCGGGAUGGCCUACUCGCCCGGUGAGGGUCCUGUGCCCUUCACCUAUUCGGCUGAGGCGUAUCCACUCGCGGUCCGUGAUAUCGGUAUGUCGUUCGCGACCUCUGUCCUCUGGUUCUUCAACUUCGUGGUCGCGAUCACCUUCCCGCCCCUGCUGGGCGCGUUCCAGCCACAGGGCGCGUUCGGGUGGUACGCGGCGUGGAACGUGGUAGGCUUCGUGCUCAUCCUGCUGUUCGUGCCCGAGACGAAGGCGCUCUCGCUCGAGGAGCUCGACCAGGUGUUCAGCGUGCCGACGCGCGUGCACGCAGCCUACCAGCUCAAGGCGCUCCCGCGCAACAUCAAGCGCUAUAUCUUCCGCAUGAACGUCGAGCCUCUCCCGCCGCUGUACGAGCAUGAGAGCGCCGGCGAGAAGCAUUACGCGCCCGGCGGCGGCGGACAUGCGUAGGCCGGCGGUGCGAGAUGGUGUACGUCUCGUAGACGUGCCACAGACUGCUGGUGCAUAGUACAUUACGAGACUAUUGUUAUUCGUCACUUUCCUGAACGCUUUGUUGUUGUUCCCAAUCGCAUGUACCUCUAGAUGUAUUUUUAAUUGCAAGUCUUGG